CCAUCUGGCCGGUGUUCGAGCGUUGUGAGAUAGGAGUGGCCACUUUGUAGGAAGACUCUCGGACAAUCCACUAGCCAUGGGAUCUCUCACCAUUCUCUCCGUUCUAGCACUGGCAGCUUGUGCCUCGGCCCUCAGCAAGAGGGAGACGUGUGCCACAGUAGCGGACUGUUCAGGGAUUACUGUGUGUGGAACAGCAGGGUCCCUCAUCUGCGACAACGGCCUGUGUACCUGCACCAACGCUUGCGACCCCGACCAAGACCUCGCCCAAUGCACUGACCGUAACGAAUGUCUGACACGUUUCUUGGGUGGGGACAUCACGUGCAACUGUGCAAGACCAUGGCGAUCCUUCCACUGUAUCGACAACUACUGCCACUGUGGAUAUCCAGCGUCUGGGAAUUAAUACAUAACACGCUUGACGUAUUUGUUGUAUGAAUAUGUCGAUAAAUGAUAAUUGUCCUA